AUGGCCAAACGCGUGUUGGAUUUGUACACCCUAUAUAAGUUAGUCGUCCAGAGAGGUGGCAUUGUCGCGGUCAUCACCAAGAAGUUGUGGCAAGAGAUCAUCCGAGGUCUGGGCCUACCUCCUUCUAUAACGAGUGCAGCAUUCACAUUACGCACACAAUACGUCAAAUAUUUGUACGCCUACGAGUCGCGGAUGAACCAGUUCAGUACGUUGGACGAACUGAACAUGGCGAUAGCGGGCAACCGGCGCGAAGGCCGGCGAAACAAGUCGCUCAUGUAUUCGGACAUGCCACCGCCACCACCCGGGCACCCGCACCACCAUCACCACAGCCAUCACCAACAAGUGCACGGUGGCCACCCGCACUCAAUGAUGGGCAGUGGUGCCCCGCCGCAGCCGUCGUCACAACAGCAACAACAACAACAACAACAACAGCAGCAGCAGCAUCAGCAGCAGCAACAGCCACCGUCGUCCCAUCACCAUCACCAUUACGCCAACGUGUUGGCCGCCGAAGAUCGGUUUCGUCACCUUGCAGCCGCCAUUAUCGACAAUCACCAUCACGCGGCCGUUGCUGCAGCCGCCGCCGCCGCGGCCGGCGUUGGUGUCGACCACCCCAGACUGCGGAUGCAAUCGUGCAGUCCACCGCAGCAUCAGCAACAACAAUUGCAACUGCAACCAGAAUGCAAGACGUCCGCGGUCGCGUUGCACCAGACGCCCCGAUCACCGGCCACCAUCGGACUUCCACCACCGCCACCCAUGCCACCGUCGUCGCUGUUCAACGGCCACCAGCCGUCGUCGUACCAACAACUCCAUCAACAGCAGCAACAGCAACAUCAGUCCAACGCCGUCCAGUCCACCAACGAGCAGACGAACAAACAGAGAGGUUAG